UUGUCUUUGACUGCUGCAGCUGCGCAGUUGUCUUUAAAUCAGGUCGCAAUGCUGUCUUUCACAGUUUCAAGGACACUCUUUUGUGCUGCUCGCCGGACUUCCCUGCGACCGACUGUUGCAGCAUUAGCGGCGACCCGAGGGUACCGUGGCAAUGCCCAAGAACCAAAUCUGAUAGAGGUACCCCUGCCUCCAUGGCAAGAGAAGAAGGGCGAGUCGCUGGACAUCAAAAGGAAGCGUCUGCUGUAUGAGAGUCGUAAGAGAGGCAUGUUGGAGAACUGCAUCCUUCUGAGCCUUUUUGCCAAACGGUACCUGGAGAGCAUGAAUGAAACGCAGUUACGUCAGUACGACAGACUUAUUAAUGAGCCAAGCAACGACUGGGACAUCUACUACUGGGCUACAGAGGCAAAGCCAACACCAGAAGUCUUCCAGGGAGAAGUAAUGGACAUGCUCAAGGAGUUUACCAAGAACAGGGACAAGGAGCAGAGACUGGACGCGCCAAAUUUGGAGUACCUUGACAAAAGCUGCCAUUGAAGCCUUAAGCUACAGCAUACUUCAAACAAAGUUGAAACUGGCAUAUUGGACAGGCAGACUGGUGCUCUUUGUGACUAAACCUGCAGGCAAACUGGCCAGCUGAACCUUUUUCACACAGUCAUGGUCAUGCACAACUGGCUUCACAUAAUUAGUAGUGUCAAAUGUUUGGUUGGCGCACUUGCUAGCAGGGUGUUAUUAAAUGAACAGGUAGCAGUGAGCAGAUGGAUGCUUGCUGCACUACACACAACCGCAGCUCAACAGCCAGCGCAAACAUGCCCAAUUCAGUUUCGUUUGAAGUAUACUGGGGCUCUUACUUUCCUCCCAUUACUGUGGGGCAGUAACCAGGGCCCGUGACUGACAAGGGCCCUGAAAAUUAUUAGAACAUUAGGUACAUUUUUUUUAUUAUUGAGGCCCAAUCUUUUCAUGGUGUCCAAAAUCCCUUGUGGCACCACUGACUGUAACACAUGCAGGGUUCCCACUGGUCAUGGAAAUUCUGAAAUAUAAUGGGAUUUGAUCCAUUUUUAAAUUGUGGAAUGUUAUUUCAUUUUGUUUGUAGCAUCUUUAAAUGUUAGUUGCCAUUUAUCAAAAUGUUAGAUUUUCACACGUUUGCCCUAUUGUGUGAGUGGUUGUUAUGGUUACUUGAUGCUUCCAUGUCCAUUUAACAAAGGUGGCCUGUUUAUUCAUUAUAGGUGGGAGCCCUGCAUAUAGCUAAUGUUGAAUGGCUAAGCCAGAGCAUGUUGAAAGGGAGAGUUUGGGCAAAAGUGCUAACAUUUCAAACAGAAGAAGGUAGCAGGUACCGUUUAGCACGAAUCAUUAUCAUGGUACUAAUUGAUGUCUGCUGUUUUUCAUUCAUGAUUACCAUCAUUAGCAUUUUAUUUGAACCAUUCCUUUAAAUUUGACCAGAAGCUGAGUUAAUCAGAAUACCAGCAGUUUGAGCUGUGCAAGCGUGAGCAGGUUUCCAUUUAUUUAAUCAAUUACAACACAGACAGUCCGUCAAGAUCCUGCAAAUCAGUUACUGUAAUGGCAUGCCUAAUUUCUUCUCUGUGUGUAAAUAUGUUGGAGUGAAAUCCUUUAUGAAAGACAUAAUUGUUACUUUUAUUGUGCAGUAAUCCUAGUAAUAUACUAUGAUUAUAUAUCAUUUGAAAAUGUAAACUGUUUAAGGGCAGGACCAUAUUAAAUAUAAUGAUUAUGUUUUGCUUUACAUACAUACAUAAUCUGGAGGCUCUCAUACAAGGAGAGGGACUAUAUUAUGUAACCUUUGUACAGUAUAUUAUAAUGAACAAUAAACAGUUUCCAUGCAACACCACCAAA